UGUUUACAUUAUUAAAGUUAGUACUUGGAUAUUGACGAAAGGUUUAAAUUCAAUUAAUGCACCUUUUGAAUGAACGCAUUAUCCACCUGUUAUCACGGGUAAUAUAGCCUGAAGGUGUAUCAUUGAGAAGGCAGUCAGUAACAAACUAUGUAUAGACAACACCACCUGAAAUACUUGGGAAGUAUCAAAGUGGCUUUCCUUCGGAUCAAAUAUACCUUGUGAAAUGUACAUACUAAUAUAACAUACAAGUGUUACAGUGAUUUUGAAUUUAUUUCAUUUUAUUAUUACUGAUAUUAAUAUAAUUAUUAAUGCAUCGGAAUUUAAUAAUUUCAUUUUCAAUGUUUCAAGGAUGAAUUUAUCAAUAUGGACGUUGUCAUGGAUAUUUAUAUUAUUUUAUUGUGUCCGUGCUGAAUUGUCUAUAGCUGAAAUUCAAGCCACAGGAAGGGUACUAUUUAGGGCAUUAAGAGACUCUGACUGUAAAAUUAAAUGUUCAAAUAAACAACGAAGACCCGUAUGUGGGUCAGACGGUAUAACAUAUGCAUCUAAAUGUGAUCUCACGAAAGCCAAACGUUGCGAAAAACGUCAAGUCAGCAUACAGAAAAAAGGAAAGUGUUCAGGAUCUAAAAGUUCUACAAAAUGUCAGCAAGAAAGAACUGAAGCCCAAAAAAUAGCCAGGCGGCCAACAGCUGGGAUUUUUAUACCAGAAUGUAAGAAAGAUGGGUCUUAUGUUGACGUUCAGUGUCAUGCAGCUACAAAUUAUUGUUGGUGUGUAACCAAAGAAGGAAAACCAAUUUCUGGUACUUCAUUACAGGGAAAAAAGCCUUCGUGUAAAGGCAAAUCUAGAACGAAGAAAUCAUUUAGAAAUAAAGAUAGAUCAAGAAAAAAGAAAGCGUGCAGAAAAUCAGAUAGAGCUGAAUUCAAUAAAAAUCUUAUGCAAACUUUUAUAAAAGAAUAUGAGCGAGCAAAAAGCUUGACAACAGGCAGCAAAACAGAGGAUUCUUUAAAUAAUUCAGAUAAUUCACGUGAGAAACGUGUUGCUGAGUGGAAGUUUUCAGAACUAGAUAGAAAUAAAGACAAUAAAUUAAGACGAAAAGAAGUUCGUUCUUUGAAAAAAAUGGUCAAAAAAGUAAUUAAGCCAAGGGCAUGUGCAAAAACAUUUAUUUCAUACUGUGAUUAUGAUCAAAAUAAACGGAUAGAAAAGGGAGAAUGGACGUCGUGUCUCGGUGUGGAUUUAAACGGUAACAGGGGAAGAACAAGACAGGAAACCAUGUAUUAUAUAUUUAAUUCCCUAAAAUCAGAAGACAACGCAAGAACGAAGCCGAGAGAUCCACCACAGAUUGAAGAAAGCAAGACCUCCCUAAUAGAUUUGUCAAGGAAACCCUGGCCUCCAAAAGGGCUUAUUCCCCAUCAACCUAGUAACACCCCGCCACCAGACACGGAUGAUAAAACAAAGAGUUGUAUAGAAGAGAGGGAGGCUGCCCUGAUACAAAACAGACAAGAUCCUACUGGUGGAACAUUUAUCCCAUCCUGUACAAACACUGGUCUUUGGUCACAGGCACAGUGUCACAACUCUUCGGGAUAUUGCUGGUGUGUUAAAGAAUCAACAGGUGACCCGAUCCGAGGGACGUCUGCCUUAAAGCAGUUGCCGAAAUGUAAUGAAAUCAAGAUAGAGCGAGAAAUGAAAGGUUGUCCGUUUUCUAAAAAAAGAAGAUUUAUUGCCAAUUUAUUACAAUACAUCAUAAAACAGAUGAAUGAAAGUAAUCCUUUAAAUGUACUGAAGGUAGGCGGUGUAAACACAACCCCUGACGGAGCUGUCGAAUGGAAAUUUAGGAAGUUAGAUUCUAAUUCAAACCUUGUUUUAGAACGCAAGGAGCUAAAGACACUCCGAAAACAAAUCCCACAAACAAAAGAUACCAGGAGAUGUAGGAGAAACUUCAUACGAUAUUGUGAUGAAAAUAAAGACAGAAAAGUAUCUAAAAAAGAAUGGAUUGGUUGCAUGGAUACUUCAGGUAGUUCUGGUUUAUUUACAGAAGAUCCUAGACGAAGAGGUCCUAAUCCUUUUAGCAAUAUUCUGAGACAAAGCUGACAAUAAAGACUAGGAACUUUCAUACAUAUCUGUGAUAUAUAAUAUAAGAUUCCAAUGUGAUGAACAAAAACAGCAUACGGUGUUGGCAAGCAAACACUAUUACUUCGCCUACAGAUCCAUUUGUUAAAUAUCAUUAUAAAUUAUAGCAUUAUUACGUCACUGUUUGGAUUCAUUUGAGAAAUAUGUAAUCCUGUUGUUCAUCACAUUAACUAUGUAUUUGUUGUGAGAUAAUGGUAAUCGUCUGAUGAGAAAUAUUAUGAUAUUUCCGACGGAUAAUUGCUGUCUGAUAUGCCAAGGCUGGUGGUGCCUUUAAUGAAAUGGGUAAUUACAUAUUGAGUGAUUGUCAGCUCCUGUUUCCUUCAAAUCUCUUAAAUUACGCAGAAUCUCGCGGUGUUUUAUACUCCUAAAACAAUAAUGUCUGUUAGAAUUUUCAUCAGAACUGACUUUGAAAUUACAAACAGACAAUCAUUAAAAUAUAAACAAUAAUUAAUGUAAUUAGUUUAAGUAUCAGAACUCGGAUAUUUUGAUUAUUAUUUCAUCACCAGACUAAAGCCUGGUUAAGAUAAAUAAAUCUCUUCAAAAUUGUUGUAGGAAAGGUGUGGUUAUAAGUGCAGAAUAGAUAUACGCUAAGUGAUUGAUAAAAAUCCAAGACUGUUCACAUUAUUGUAUCAUACAUCUUUGCAACUCCUCUUUUUAUAUUCAUUUUUGUCCAGCAACACCAUUUAAAGUGAUUCUUUACGUAAGUUAUGGUUCUUAGAUAUUGGAUAAAAUAUUUACAAAUCUUUUUAAAUAUUUUUCUAACACCUCCCCCCCCUUUUCCCCCUUGGUCCGUUCAAUUAAACAAAUUGUUAACAAAAACAGGCAACGUCUUCCCAUUAUAAUGAAAUAGAGUAAGAUAAAAUCUUAGAAUCUUAACACGGAACAGUCAAUUUUUAUCUAAAAUACUUAAUAUGGUUCACAUUGUCUAUUAAAAAGUUGUAACUUGUAAAAAAAAGCCGUUGUUUUAAUUUCUUAUUGAGAAAAUAAACAUUUUUAAGUUAUAAAAUAUCCAUCUGUAUAUUUUAUAUUAACAUAAACAUGUUGAUUAUAUUUCACUGCAAUCUUUGUACAUAUGUAUAGUUGUUGUAUGUCUGAUAGAUUGUAAAUUAUGGAAUAAUAAAAUGCAAACUGAU